AGCCAUCUACUGUCGAACAUUUUGCAACUGUAAAGUAUAAACUCCAGAAAGCCGCUGGACGGGUUUUCUAGUGAUUUUCUCGAUUUUCCAAGGAUUUUCACGGAAAAUGUCCAAGAAUAAAUUUAUGCACAAAAGGAAUAUUUACCGUCGAGGUCCUGACUUUACGCAACUUGCAAUAAAAUACCCGGAAUUCCUCAAAGUCUGCACAUUGGACCUCAACGGAAGUGCUCAUGUUGAUUUUAAAAAUCCCGAUACCCUUAGGAUUCUGACGACAUGUCUCCUGAAGCGAGACUUUCAGCUAGAUGUGGAGAUUCCGCAAGGUAAGCUUGUACCAACUUUGCCAUUGCGAUUGAACUAUAUCCUCUGGAUUGAGGAUAUCCUGGCCAAGAUCAACAUAACAGACGCUGUGGGCUUGGAUAUUGGCUGUGGGGCUUCCUGUGUAUACCCUCUACUAGGUGUCAAGUGGAAAAAUUGGCGAAUGUACGGGACAGACAUCACGGAAGAAAUUGUAAACAGUGCAAAAGAAAACAUUGCAAGGAAUAAUUUACAGGAGAAAAUCACAAUUUUCCAGCAGCAGGAAGAUGAUCCAAUUUUCUCACGUGUCCUGCAGGAUCUUCAAAACCACACCCUUCACUUUUGCAUGUGCAAUCCGCCGUUCUUCGAGGACACAAGAACCUCUCCGGAAAAUCGAACUGGAAACAGAAGCUCACCAAAGAAUGCUCCAACGGGGAACUCCACGGAACUGUCUUGUUCCGGCGGAGAAGUGGCUUUCAUCGAGAAGAUCAUAGAUGAAAGUGCCAAAGUAAAAGACAGGGUAUCAUUUUUCACCACGAUGAUUGGGAUCAAGCACCAUUUAUCCCAUUUAAUCAGAAAACUUCGCGAAAACGACAUUACAAACUUCAUUGAGACCCAUUUUUGUCAAGGAAACACCACCCGAUGGGGUCUAGCUUGGACAUUUCGUGAUGAUUUACUCCUCAGAAGAGUGCCCUGCAUAAAUCCCAAUCCGACACCAACUGGGAAGGUAGUCAAUUUCUCUUUGACGAACUCAGACGAAGAUUCUGUAAAAUUCAUCAUUGAAAAACUCCGGAAGAUUCUCACUGACCUGGAAAUCAGCAUUGAGAUCCUAGAAGAGACUCUAACCAAGGCAAAUUGGAUUGUUCGAGCUCAGAUAAAUACUUGGUCUCAUCAGAGGAGGAAAAGGCGCCAAAUGCAGCAGAAGAAACCCACUGAAGAAUCACAAUCGCCAGAGAAAAAAAAGAUUCGCCUCGAUGGAAAAUCCAUUCUUGUAGCGGAAGUCUUCCUCAUUCCAAGGGACAACCAAGUAAAACUGGAGCUGGUGUAUCUGGAUGGGGAACUGGGCAGAGAUGGCGUUCAUCAGGUCCUCCAGUACAUCAUGAACAAUUGGCGCAAAAAUGAUCAAAAAGUCAAAGAAAAAGAGGAAGUUAAUGAAGCCUUGAGUCCGGAAGAGAAGCCCGAAGAGACGAGUUUAUAAAUUGUCAAGACGAAAUCACUCUAAGCUAAGAAUUAUGAGAUUAUAAUCAUCUUAAAGAAAAAAUUAAUAAAAGUUGUUGAAAUUCAA